GGAAUUCUUACAGAGGCGGCAUAGAGACGAAGGCUGAGAGACGCCCGAUAUUUAUCCCACAAACCGAUACGAGCGAGUGGUCCUUUCCUGUUCUCUUCAGCCCCUGGGUCCGCAGGGUUGACUUCAAAAACCAGCUGGUUUGUAAAUAUUUGAAUCACAAUAUGGGAUUGCUAGACAGACUUUCAGGCUUGCUUGGCCUAAAGAAGAAGGAGGUUCAUGUUUUGUGCCUUGGGCUGGAUAAUAGUGGCAAAACAACAAUCAUUAACAAACUUAAACCUUCAAAUGCUCAAUCACAAGAUAUAGUUCCAACCAUAGGAUUCAGCAUAGAGAAAUUCAAAUCAUCCAGUUUGUCUUUUACAGUGUUUGACAUGUCAGGUCAAGGAAGAUACAGAAAUCUCUGGGAACACUAUUAUAAAGAAGGACAAGCCAUUAUUUUUGUUAUUGAUAGUAGUGAUAGAUUAAGAAUGGUUGUGGCCAAAGAAGAACUUGAUACUCUGCUAAAUCAUCCAGAUAUUAAGCACCGCCGAAUACCAAUCUUAUUUUUUGCAAACAAAAUGGAUCUUAGAGAUGCAGUGACGUCUGUAAAAGUGUCUCAGCUGCUGUGUUUAGAGAACAUCAAAGAUAAACCAUGGCAUAUUUGUGCUAGUGAUGCCAUAAAAGGAGAAGGAUUGCAAGAAGGUGUAGACUGGCUUCAAGAUCAGAUCCAGGCUGUGAAGACAUGAAAAGAUAGUAUUUGGAAACCUCAACAGUUUUCAAUUCAAGGAAUGUAUCUUAAGGCACACUGAAUACUUCAUAUUUUUUAAAAGAUGUUUGUGCAUCUAGGAAUACUUCAUAAUCUUCUGCUUGCAUUUAUGGACUCUGAAUGAACUUUUUAAGAACAUAGGACUUCAGGUAUGCUAAUCUGACCAUUAAUUUUAUUAAAACUAAAUCAUUCCUCAGAAGGGCUCCUUCUCCAGAAUUAUCAACUUCUUAGUAAAAGUCUACAUUUGAUUGUAAUUAGAAUGUUUAAACUGAGAGUUAUAAGCCACCUCAAUAUCUCAUCAUGAUUUAUAGUAUGUUUAAUGCAUCUUUUUCAAAUUGUCUUACAAAGUUUAGUUUAUGGUAUGACUUUGCAGUAUGAUUGUGUUUGGAAAAAGAACUUUAAAUAUUUAUAAGGGACCAUGGGUAAUUAAUAUAUACAUAAAAUUUUUACUAUAUGUCACUAUCAAUAAACAAUAUACAAUGUACAAACUAGUGUACUUUGUUUACACUGAAAAGAAUAAUGCUGUGUUAAUGUAAUAUUUAGUGUUUUACUGUCAAGCAUUUGUAAGUUUUCUGAGACCAAAUUAAGCUGAAUUUAUUUAUCCCAUGAAUGUGUAUUGAACCUCUCUGUACCUAUACUAGUCCGAUAUUGUCCCAGGCAAUGGUGAUACAAGGUAAAUAAAUCAAGACAUAUUCUUUAUCCAUAGAGAACUUAAAAUUAAUGAGGGUGAUUUUGAGAACCUUUUCAAACAUAGUAUCAUUUUAUUUUUGGCUACAUGACUAUCUUGGAUUUUAAGAUUAAGAGGUAUGCAAAUGAACUAAUGAUUCUUAAAUAAUUACUUUAACUGACUUCUUAUUUCUUUAAAAUGCCUCCAAUUACUAUGGCACUUUCUUAAAAUAAAUUGUGACUCACCAAACUGUAUUUUUCCUGAGCAUAAACUGAUAAAAAAAAUGUUGUUUAGAAUUUUAGACACAUCUCAGGUAUCUUCUCUAUGCAAAUUGUGUUAGUUCUCAAAACUUAAUUAGAGACCACUUAAAAUUGUGAUCUCUGAGUAGAAGCUUUCAUUUUAAAUUAACCACUAGAAAACAGUAUAUAGAGCAAGGGUGUCAAUCCUGAAAAACACUACAUAUAAAGAACAACUGUAAUAUACAUGUGGAAAACAUCUUACCAUGUCCUUAGCUGUGAAAAUGAUAAAAACAGGAGGCAAGGGGCACCUGGGUGGCUCAGUCAGUUGAGCUACUGCCUUCAGCUCCUGCCCUUUUCUCUCAAAUACACAAAAUAUUUAAAGAAAAUAAAAAUUAAAAAGGAGGCAAAAGAUAAGUGAGUAAUACUAGGUACAUUACUGUAACUGUGGUACUGGUUGUAUAUGCCAUAGAGAUUUGAAUUGAAAUAGUUUUAAAAGUAAAGUUCUGUAAUUCAGUUUCUCUUAGGCCAAAAAUCCCAGUGGUUUGGAAUCUGAUAAAUUAAAAGUUAUCCAGAAUAUUUGAAUAGUCCAGCAUUUUAGCUAGCUUACAGGCCUCUGUUUUGAUGAGGAUACAAAGUGAGAUUCUCAUUAAUCUAGAGUUGCCUCAAACUCUAAACACUGAAUGUAGUUUAACAAAAUACUUAUAUUCUGUUGUUCUGGAGGAUAGGAGAAUAGUUUAGGAGGAUGAGUAUAUUAGAGUUCAAAUCCUUAUCCACCAGAACGAUUGUAAUACUUCAAUAAUAAUAACUAUCACUAUAUGAACAAUAUAUAAUAGCUAUCACAAUAAUAAUAAUAGCUAUCACUAUAUGAACACUAUAUUUUGAGCUAGAUAUUACUACACAUACUGGAUUUUGCAUUAUUUAAUUGUCGCAAUAACCUUGUGUGGUAGGUAGGUUUUAUUAUUUCAUAGACAAGGAAACAGAGACCUGAAAAAAUUACUUGCUAAAUGGCACUAGUAAAUGCUGGUGCUAUGAUUUGGAACCAAACCAUCUGUUUAAGAUAGAUGAAGUCAAGAGACAAGAGUAUUACAGAUAAUAGAAAUACAGAGCUAUCUGCCACAAGGAUAGCGAAAAGGAUUGAAAAGGCUCUCAUUGGGGUGGGAGACCAGGAUGGGGGUGGGAAAGUCAGAGAAUAGUGACUACUAUUUUGUUUUUGAUUGUUUCUAAAGUCUCUGAAUACUUCAGAUUUUCAACUCUGGGUAUAAAUGAGUAAUAAAAAUACUUUUUAAAACUACACUGAUACUAAAUUAAUGAGUACUGCACAAACUGCUGUAACUCAUACCUGUGCAAAUAUUUAGAAGAGAGAAAAGUACUUUUUCCUUAGUUUCCAUGAUCUCCAAAUCUAGUUUAUGCUCUAUUAACAUCUAUUCUACUGUACAUUUUCAUGUGAAGAUUAUGUAGAAGCACAUUGGACUAUAGGAUGCCAUAAAAGUGUGGAUAAGCUGAGGUUAUUACAUUUGUAUUUAACAUGGUAUACAAUUAAAAUUUAUUUCAUUAAAACUCAAGCAAGUGUUUUUUCAUGUUUAGACAUCACUCUGUUGCAAUUUUAAUUCAUUAAGUUCUAUAUUUCAAUAUAAACACUUCAUAAAAUGUUCAAAACUUACUGUAUGUAUUGUACUUAAGUAUUUAUAUGUGGCCCUAUUCAGCCCAUGCCUUGUAAAUCACGAAAGAGUUCAGUUUUAUAUAAAUUUGUUUUUCAUUUA